UUAUCAACUGUGUCAUUCCCAUGUCACCUUCACGCAAGCAUUUUUCUGAAUUAAGGGAUAUGGCAGACCAAAACAGAGCAGCUGACUUCACUCUGUUUCUAUAUAUAUUUGAGCGGUGGCAGUGUAUUUGGGCGGAGUAAGAUCAAACAAUGGCAGAAGCAGAGAUGAGCUACAGAGAAAAGAGGUGGUCCCUGCAGGGGAUGACCGCUCUUGUCACUGGCGGAACCCGUGGCAUAGGGCGUGCAAUUCUGGAAGAAAUGGCUAGCUUUGGGGCAGCUGUCCAUACUUGUUCCCGUAACCAAACAGAGCUCAAUCGAAGCUUGGAAGAAUGGAAGACGAAGGGCUAUAGCGUGACAGGGUCAGUCUGCGACCUCACCUCUCCGCCCCAGAGAGAAAAGCUCAUGGACGCCGUCUCCUCUGUUUUCCAGGGGAAGCUCAACAUCCUCGUGAACAACGCAGGCACAACCAUACCCAAGGAAGCCAUAGAUUAUACCGAUGAAGAUUACAGAACCAUAAUGGGGACUAAUUUGGAUUCAGCAUACCAUAUCUGCCAGUUGACACACCCUCUUUUGAAGGCAUCGGGAAAUGGUAGCAUUGUAUUUAUAUCCUCUGUGGCUGGAGUGAUUGGUAUACCUCUUUCCUCCGUCUAUGCAGCUUCGAAAGGAGCCAUGAAUCAAUUGACGAAGAAUUUGACAUGCGAGUGGGCAAAAGACAACAUUCGAGUAAAUGCGGUGGCUCCAUGGUUCAUCAAAACCUCACUCCUGGAUUCAUUUUCUCAAGAUCCUCUUGCACAGGAAAAAAUGGAAAGAUUGAUCUCGAGAACUCCCAUCAAGCGUAUUGGGGAAGCUAAUGAGGUUUCAUCACUGGUAGCAUUUUUAUGUUUUCCAGCUGCUUCGUACAUCACUGGACAAAUUAUUUGCGUAGACGGUGGAUACACAGUCAAUGGGUGUUAAUCGAAUUUUUCAAAUUUUAAAAUAAUAAUGAAAUAAAAUAAGAACUCUUUAAAGUUUUAUUGUUGAUCGUGAGUGAAUCAAUUGCUUCGAUUUUAUUAUUUUGUCAAUGGAAAGUCGUUGUGUUGUCUCAUGUUUCAACAUUUUCGUGCUUGUAAUCAAUGCUUUGAAUUAUCAAUAAAGACCUCUACAUUGCCUUGUGCUUUUA